AUGUGUGUUGUGCAUAUAUCUCAUUUCAGCAACAAUGUCAGCUAUAAAGUCGGGAUCACGAGGAAGCAGAAGAUUUCGUCCCAUCAUUGGCAUACGCAGUCGCAGUUGAUUUCCAGUAAAGGAUACCCUGUCGAAGAAUACGAGGUGUCCACCACUGAUGGAUAUGUUCUGGGAAUUCAACGCAUCCCACGAGGACGAAACGAGAGUGGUCGCCCAAGUGAGCGCCGCAAAACGCCCGUCUUUCUUCAACACGGACUGUUGGCGUCGUCCACUGAUUAUGUUCUCAAUUUUCCCGAACAAAGUUUGGGUUUCCUUCUUGCGGAUGCCGGGUACGAUGUCUGGUUGGGAAAUAACCGAGGAACCCGAUACACGAGGCACAAGUGGCUAACGCGUUUUGAGAAAGAGUUCUGGGAUUUUAGUGCAGAUGAAUUGAGCACAAUUGAUCUACCUGCAAUGCUGGAUUUUGUUUUGAAGAAAACGGGACAAAAACGUUUGCAUUACGUGGGGUGGUCCCAAGGUGCAUUAAUGAUGUUUGCCCUUCUGUCCGAAAGGCCUGCUUACAACGGAAAGAUAAAACCUCCGAGCUAUUCACUGGCACGUACGAAGGUUCCCGUUGCCAUCUACUGGAGCCAAAAUGACUGGCUUGCCUCAGAGACGGACGUUCGUCACCUGCGAGACGAUCUUCCUAACGUUGUGUCCUUCUACAAAGUGCCUGAUCCGCAAUUCACGCAUAUUGACUUCGGAUGGGGCUGUAACGCGACAAAGAUUCUUUACGAGCCAAUGAUCAAGGAGAUGAAAAAAUAUGGGCAUUAA